AUAAGCCCACCAGCGAUUUACCCGAGGCGACAAAUCUAUCUUAUGGCGGCUAGCUUUACACUACAAAAGCACAACCAUGCAGAAUCAAUAAAUGCCAAAAUGAACAAAAACACGUCGACUCUGGAGGACGCAUAAGCACUAUCUCGAAGGUUCCAUAUACCCAUUCGGAUAACGUAGUGCCAUAUUGGCCUAUGUGUAUCCCCAAGAGUGGCGUCCGGGCUAAUCUAGCCUAAAUAUUGAGCAUGAAAAAAAUUGAAUCUCUAUGAAUGUCCUAAAAUGUAUCAGGGCGUAUUGAUAGCGCCUCAUAUUUGGAAUAGGAAAAUUUACUUACCUUAGCUGGAAAAUGGGAGCCAGUACUUCCAGUAUUAACUAUCCUAACGUCGCAUCAUCAGGAGCUGCACUUAAUAGUACCGGAAACUCUAAUGGAAACAUAUCGGUGCUGCUGCCCAUGAGCAUGGCAGGUAUGGUCACAGCAGGAGCGGUUGGUAUGACGACUGGCAGUGGUACUGGUAUCAGUGGCGCACAGUACCAUCGAGAUCAAAGACGAAAGCGUGUAACUGGUUUUGCGACGCUUAAGAGAAAGUUUAUACGUAGACGACGUUCGUCAAAAGCAUAUGAUCACGCUCGCGUUCUACGAGAUUUUGUGUCAGACUGGGCACCUAUGGAGCUGGCAGCUCUGUGCGAGGAGUUCGAAGCCUUGUCGGCUUUAAGAGACUUAUCGGUGCAAGCUGAAUUGGCGCGACCUCCGGCAGCAACAUACAAACAAGACCUUGCUGCUCUUUACGAUCUAAAUUUUUGCACUGAUUGUGAUCUUGUUUUUCGCGGGACUAUUUUCCCGGUGCACAGAUCAAUAUUAUCAGCUCGUUGCUCCUAUUUCCGCGACUUACUCGCAGGUUGUCCUGGUUUCGGAGCGCGUAUAUGUCUUGAACUGCCCACUUCGCCUAUUGACGUGCCGCUUUUCUCUUCCCUAUUGCGUUAUUUAUAUACUGGCGAUAUGUGUCCGCAUGAUCCGAACAUCGAAAUCACAGUGUUGCGUCAGCUGGGAGACGACUUUGGCUCACCAAAUCCUCUGGAUCAUGAUCUUCGCUAUUUGUUGGAGACUGGCGACUACGCAGAUGCGGCACUUGUUUUCACAGCAGAUGGUAACAACGACAAUCUGCGACAAGACUCGGGUACCUCGGAGUACGGGUUUCGACCAAAGAUCGAACUUCCAUGCCAUAAAGCUAUUUUGAGUGCGCGCUCACCCUUUUUUCGUAAUUUAAUUGCGCGUCGAACGCGCAACAUUGAUGAGUACGUUGAACGUUCCUUACACGUGCCCACGCGAAUUGUAUUAGACGAAAGCGUUAUACCGAAGAGAUAUGCGCGUGUACUGUUGCAAGCGAUUUACCUGGACGUUGUUGAUUUGACACUGAUCUUACGCGGUGUUGGAUCGGGUACGUCGGCAGGAUCACUAGGGGAAGUGCAUGCCUUAACCAACACAGGAAGAGUUCGUCCAACGACACUGGAGGAAGCUAUGGAGCUUUACCAGAUUGGUCGGUUUUUAGAGCUUGAUAUUUUGGCGCAAGGCUGUGAGGAUUUAAUACUCGAGUGGCUGUCCCUUGAUACUUUACCAACAAUUUUAAAGUGGGGUUGCCAACCCCAUGGCUCCGCGUGGGUGUUUAGACAAGCAUGUCAGUACCUACGAGAAGAAUUUACCGUUAUUAGCACCUCACCUGUCCUGCACCAACUAGAUAAAAAGCAACUGUUACAUGUUCUGCAGAGUAAUUUUUUACAAGCUUCUGAGCUAGAGAUUCUGCAGGCUGUUCUUAAAUGGGGAGAACAGGAGCUCAUUCGCCGUAUGGAAGAUCGUGAACCAAACUUGUUGUCACACACAGCUCACUCAGUUGCUCGCAAGGGCGUAAAAAAACGUGAUUUGAGUGAUGUAGAGCUGCGAGACAUCAUCGCAGAAUUAUUGCCUUUAGUGCGCAUAGACCAUGUUUUACCACCACAUAGUGAGAUACUCGGCCAAGCAAUUCGUCGAGGUCUUGUCAGCACGCCACCUUCACAUAUGAUUGGAGAUGAACGAGAAAAUUUACGUAUCAAUGCCUGGAUACGUAGUGGUAGUAAUCAGGGACUCUUUGUAAGACCACGUCUCUUUAUGCCGUAUUUUGAGGAAGUAAAGGCCUUGUUGAAGGAUCGAUUAUCUUCAUCUCACCACCAGGUGGAACUAAUGCGUAUGCGUAGGUCACGACACCCGCCAGAUAUUCCUGAUACCUUGUAUAUGGUGUCCCACAUGAAUGCAGCGGCUAAUAAUGGACUUUGUAGUGUUGUUAAUCGUGCUAUUCAUGAAAAUAUUGACAUGAUGGUAGGGUCGGCUGUUAUACCAGCACCGGAUAACCAAACUUUAUUGGCAAUGCGUAAACGCGAAAAUAAACUUCGCCAGUCACCUAUGUGCCAGCGUGCAUUGCUACUGCCACUUUCAUCAAAACAUGAAAUUGAACGACAAAUUCGGCUUCGGGUCGUGAGAGAGUUUAACCUCCCUGAUGAAGUAUCUGAUAUUCUGGAAAGCUCACACCAAUCCAGCCAGAAAAGUGAUGAUGUUCACAAAGAAAAUCCGUGUGGAGUUGCGUCCACUACUCAAAGCGAGGACAAUUUGCUUGAAGAUGAAGAUCAAAGCCCACCGCCAUCACCAGCGGCUACUGGCUCAGUUCCGCGAAACACAACCGUUGGAUCUUCUUUUUUAUCGUCCUCGUCAAUGGGAUCGUCAGCAUCAUCAAUCUGUGGCACCGAUGGAGUACACCCCUAUUAUAGCCGAAAUCUCACUUUUCCGCGUCACCAAUCAAAUGGUCUUUUUGGUGUAGCCAGUAUUUUAUCAACCAACUCUGGUCCUGCGCUUCAGUGUAGCUAUGCACGUAUUUCAGCGUCAGCGCGUCCACGAAAUGAACUGCCGGCGUUAAUAACUGAAGGGGACUUUCGAUUUCCGCAUGGAAAUAGCUUGGGCUUGGAUAUUAGUGUUGAGAACGGCGCAUGUGCUUUGGACUCUGGAAAUAGUCAUCUUUCAGAUAUGAUGCCGGAUGUGGCUAUGGCCACCGCAUCGUUAGGUCAGCUUCAUUUGUCGAAUAGUACUGGAAAUACUAGCGGCCGUAGCGUCGGCAGCAAUAACGACAUGCCAGAAAGUUUACAAUUAGAUUUGGGGGAUGGUCCAAGCCCUCGCGUAGUUGGAAACGUUCCAAGUGCACUGACCUUGCGAAGUAUACACCACGCUCUGCCACAAAGCAACUAUCACCGCUUCGUGCAGCGCUCUAGUUCGCCAUUUGAUAUGAUGCGUCAUGGACAGUUAUCGCCCACAUCACACCCUCCAAAUCCUGGGUCAUUUAACUCUGGACCACCCAGGUUUUUAUAGAGGUUGCAAGUGGGCACAGAUCCGGGGCACGUUAUUUUGGCAUGCCUUUCUGAACAAAAAUUAAACUAAAAAUGUAAUUUAACAAUCUAGAUAAA